AUGUGGAUACGGGUACUCCUAAUUACUGUAUUUCCAUUUUUGUGGUACAGUGAUCGAUUUGCUUGGGGCAGAAAAAUAUGCAACGUGUUGCAGUUCGGAUCGUAUGCAUUAUCUAGUAGCAUAGAAAAUAGGAACCACUUUAAAUAUGCAGUAGUAGGAAUAAUAGACCCCUUAGACAAAAACAAAGUGUUAUGGUGUAGACAAAAGAGACACCUGAAAUUCAACUUACGCAUUUUUAAAAAUAUAUAUGACAAGCUCUUUUGCAACAUUAAUGAUUAUGUGUAUUUGGCCAAUGGGGAUCAAUUUAUUUUUCGUAUCUUUCAUAUCAACUUAAAGAACACCAUUAAAUAUAUGCUCAAGUACAAAAUCGUUAGUGCGAACUUGAAGGAUGAGAUUAAAGGUGAUGGAAACAUUUUAUGCUUACAGGAACGGGGAUCCUUGUAUCGAUUUUUAAAUAAUAUUAAUUUAUAG